AUGGAGGAGGAGAUGCAGCCCGCGGAGGAGGGGCCCAGCGUCCCCAAAAUCUACAAGCAGCGCAGCCCCUACAGCGUCCUCAAGACGUUCCCCAGCAAGCGCCCCGCGCUGGCCAAGCGCUACGACCGACCCACCCUGGUGGAGCUGCCGCACGUCCGGCCGCCCCCGCCGCCCUUCGCGCCGCACGCCGCCGUCUCCAUCAGCAGCAGCGAGCCGCCGCCGCCGCAGCAGUUCCAGGCGCAGAGCACCUACCCCCCCGGGCCCGGCCGGGCCGCCGCCGCCGCCUCGUCGUCGUCACCGUCGUGCACGCCCGCCGCGCCCCAGGGCCACCUGAGGACUUCGGCGCCGCCGCCCGUGGCCCCCGCCGCGUCGUCGUCCUCGUCUUUCGCCGCCGUCGUCAGGUACGGCCCGGGCCCGGCGGCGGCCGCGGGGAGCAGCAGCGCCAGCGGCGACGGCACCAGCCUGGAGCUCAGCGCAGAGAGUCGAAUGAUCUUGGAUGCUUUUGCCCAACAAUGCAGCCGCGUCCUUAGUCUCUUAAAUUGUGGAGGGAAACUUCUGGACUCCAACCAUUCUCAAUCCAUGAUUUCUUGUGUAAAACAGGAAGGUUCAAGUUAUACUGAAAGACAAGACCAGUGUCACAUUGGAAAAGGGGUCCACAGUCAGACCUCAGACAAUGUUGACAUAGAGAUGCAAUAUAUGCAAAGGAAACAACAAACUUCUGCCUUUUUGAGAGUUUUCACUGACUCCCUACAAAAUUACCUGCUUUCAGGGAGCUUUCCAACACCAAACACCUCAUCUGUCAAUGAGUAUGGCCACCUGGCCGAUGUGGAUCCUCUGUCAACCUCCCCAGUGCAUACAUUAGGUGGCUGGACCUCCCCAGCAACAUCUGAAUCCCACGGUCACCCGUCCUCUUCUACACUGCCAGAGGAGGAAGAGGAGGAGGAAGAGGAAGGCUAUUGUCCUCGAUGCCAAGAGCUGGAGCAGGAAGUUAUUUCACUGCAGCAAGAAAAUGAAGAGCUCAGAAGGAAAUUAGAGAGUGUCCCAGUGCCCUGCCAGACUGUUUUAGAUUAUUUGAAGACAGUGCUGCAGCACCACAACCAACUCUUGAUCCCACAGCCAGCUGACCAGCCCACCGAGGGAAGCAAGCAGCUGUUGAACAACUAUCCUGUCUACAUAACAAGCAAACAGUGGGACGAGGCUGUAAAUUCUUCAAAGAAAGAUGGGAGAAGACUCCUCCGAUACCUCAUCAGAUUUGUUUUCACAACCGAUGAGCUUAAGUACUCAUGCGGCCUUGGGAAAAGGAAAAGGUCAGUGCAGUCAGGAGAGACAGGUCCUGAAAGACGCCCUCUGGAUCCAGUUAAAGUAACAUGCCUCCGAGAAUUCAUUAGGAUGCACUGUACCUCCAACCCUGACUGGUGGAUGCCUUCAGAGGAACAAAUAAACAAAGUGUUCAGCGAUGCUGUGGGUCACGCCCGGCAGGGGCGGGCAGUGGGGACGUUCCUGCACAACGGAGGUUCGUUUUAUGAAGGCAUCGAUCACCAGGCUUCCCAGGAUGAAGUCUUCAAUAAAAAUUCCCAGGAUGGGUCUGGGGAUUAG